AUGGAAUACAAACGGCAAACCCCUGUUUCAGCAGCCAAAGUCAAAGUGAAGCCCCGGCUCAUCAUCCAUGGCGGGGCAGGAAAUAUCACGCCUGCGAACCUCGCGCCAGAGAGGUACGAGGCCCUUCGAACGGCGCUUCUAACUAUUAUAUCUAAAACGCACACGUACAUGCGCACCGCCUCCUCGAAAAGUGACCUCCCCUCCGCUCUCGAAGCCGCAACCUUCGCCGUGACGCUCCUCGAGAACGACCCGCUCUUCAACUCCGGCCACGGCGCCGUAUUCACCCGCGAUGGCAUCAACGAGCUGGAGGCCAGCGUCAUGGUGUCACGCGGCUUCAAGAAGCGUGGUGUCGGCGUCAUAGGCCUGCAGCGAGUCAAGAAUCCCAUCUUGCUCGCUCGCGCAAUCCUCGAGCACGGAGAGCAGGACCUCGGCGGCAACCACAGGCACGUCCUCGAGGGAAGCGCGACACCGACGGAGUACGACCCGAACAACCCCGAUGCGCCGUCUGCUCAGGGCCACACCCUGAUCCAUGGCAGGACGGCGGAGUCGCUCGCGAAACAGUAUGGGCUGGAGAUGGUUGAGCCGUCGUAUUACUUCACGCAGCCUCGGUGGGAUGAGCACAUCCGGGCCCUGGAGCGGGAGAAGGCUGGCAAGUCUAAGGUGGCUACCUGGGAUAGCGAGGAAUACCUGCCCCAGGGCACAUGCGGAGCAGUCGCCUUGGACAGUGAUGGAGUGGUCUGCUGCGCAACUAGCACAGGAGGACUGACGAACAAGCUAACGGGCCGAAUUGGUGACACGCCCGCGAUCGGGGCGGGUUACUGGGCGGAGGAAUGGACCGAGGAGGGCGAUCCGACUCGCAGGACCGGACAGAAGAGUGCCUGGGAGAUGGGCAUGGACUAUAUCCGUCAAACUGGCCCAAUCGUGGAGUUUGGCGCAUCUUUGAGAAGCAUCAUGGCGGAUUGUCUACCGACGCCUUUCAUGUAUACUCCCAUCCAGCAAGCAUCGCAAUCCAAGCUCACAACCACUCGGUCCGUUGCCGUCUCAGGCACUGGGAAUGGCGACUCGUUCUUGCGAGUUAAUGCAGCGCGGACCGUUGCUGCCAUUGCCCGAUGGAAACCAGAGUCGUCUGCUGUUGCCCUCAGCGAUGUUACGGGCCCCGGUGGCGAGUUGCAGAAGAGUGCAGGCGAUCGCUGGGGAAAGACCGGCGAGGGAGAGGGUGGUAUUAUCGGUAUCGAGGCAACAAUCGUUCGUAAUGCCCAUGGGGAUGUGGUCGAGGUUCGAGGGGAUAUCUUAGACGACCACAAUUGCGGUGGUCUCAUUCGAGCGUGGAUCGAUGAUAAGGGGAAGGCAGUGUUCAAGCUCUUCCGGGAUGAUACUGAAUCGAAGCGUCAGGGUUUCAUUGGUCAUGGCCAGCCUGAAGAAAUUAGCGAUUGGGUCAGUGAGGAGUAA